AUGAGGCAGAUUGAGCUGCACGACUUCGCUGCGCUGGUCAGCGUCGCGGCCGUUGCAGCGCCGACGGCCAAGCCGCCAUUGCAAUUCACCGCCAACGGCACAUUUCACAUUUCGGUUUUCAACGACAUUCAUUUCGGUGAAAACGCUUCCGGCCAGGGCCCAUUAUGGGACAUGAAGACGUCCACAAUCAUGGCCUCCGUCAUGGACGCUGAAAAACCACAGCUCGUCGUCCUCAACGGCGACCUAAUCUCCGGCGACCAGUAUCAGGGCGCAGACAUUCUCGACCACAUUGACCGCAUCGUCAAGCCCAUUGUCGCGCGCCGGCUGCCCUGGGCCUCGACGUACGGCAACCACGACUCCAACUACAACCUCUCGCGCGACCAGAUGCUCAAGCGCGAAAAGACGUACAACGGUUCCUACACCGAGCGCAUGGUCGAGGGCAAGGACGCCGGCGUGACCAACUACUACCUGCCCGUCUACGCCGACGGCUGCAACGCCUCUUCUCAGUCUGGGUGUGUGCCGGAGCUUUUGCUAUGGUUCUUUGACAGCCGCGGCGGCGCAUACUACCGCACGCACGAUCGCCAGCCCGACUGGGUGGACACGAGCGUGGUGGACUGGUUCACGAAGACGAGCGCGCAGCUCGCCGCGCAGCACGGUCGGGUUGUGCCGUCGAUUGCGUUUGUGCACAUUCCCAUCCACGCCGCCGCCGUGCUGGAGAAGCAGGGGCCCGGCGGGCGCGUCGACCCCCGGCGGCACCCGGGCGUCGACGACGACAAGAUCAACGGGCAGAGCAGCCACGACUGGCUCAUGAAGAACGGCACCGCGUCCGCGUCCACACAGCAGCAGGAGGGGCAGAGGAUGGGCUACGGCGGGCACGACGUGCCGUUUAUGAAGGCGCUCGCGGCCGCCAGGGGCCUCGUCGGGCUCUUUUACGGCCACGACCACGGCAACACGUGGUGCUACCGCUGGACGGGCAAGCACGCCGGGCUCGACGACGUGGACGUGGAGCAGGGCACGGGACUGCAUCUGUGCUACGGCCAGCACACGGGCUACGGCGGCUACGGAAACUGGAUCCGCGGCGGGCGGCAGAUUGUGGUGACGCGCGACAAGCUGAGAAACGGCACGCUGGACACGCAUACGCGGCUCGAGACGGGCGAUGUGGUGGGCGCGGUGACGCUGAAUGCCACGUUUAAUGACGACGUGUACGAAGAGGUGCCGGAUACGAGGACGUCGAUGGUUGGGCCGCCGGGGAAGGGCAAGGGGAAGGGGGAGGGGAAGAGCUCGAGGAGUGAGGCGGGCGGUGUGCGGCCGGCGUUGGGGGUGGCAUUGGCGGCACUCGUUCCAGUGUUUCUAUGUCUAUCUUUGUAUUGA